AUGUUCAGUUAUCCAGCAAAACCAACCUGAUACUCUACGAAUUUCAAGAGAGAUGGUAACAGGACUUCCCUUCUAAAAAGAAGUGUUACUCACUCAGGUUUUAGUCAGUCAAGCCAGUUACCUGAGCCUCAGGAGGAGACCAGCAGCCUUUACCUGAAUGUUGAGGGAACUUUCCCUCCGUUACAGCACAUCACAUUAACCGUGUUCCUUGUGGCACAAUGGCAGGAGGCCGGUCAUGGAGCUAUGUUGGUACCAACUUGUUUAUUGCAGGAUGUACCAUUGUCUUUGUCUCAGCCUUCCCAGUUGCCCAGAUCAUCGUAGGUGCAGUGUACAUAUAUGAAUGCCCGGCAGCGCCAUUUAUUCCAGUUUAUGUGAUGGUGAGUGGGAUAUGUGCCCUGCUGCUGAUGGGUCUGUUGGCUUUGCCAAAGCUCCUGUCUCCAGCAGUGUCUAAUCACAUCAUCUGGACUGUGUCCAUGCUCAGCCUGGUCCUGUUCGUCUUCAUCUGGUUCUUCUACGGGAGUUACCAGAUUUAUUCCAUACAUCCACCCAACUACAAGAAGAACCUCACUGCCAGUGUCAAUAGUUCAACUAUAUUUGACGGCAAAAUGAACUCCACCUUGGGGAACCAGAGCCAUCCAAACCUCAACCAAACAUGGAUGAGAGACAACAACCAGACGUUAAGGAUUCAGAAUGAAACAUUUACCCGAAGUAACGUCAGCAGUGAGACCAACAGAAGCCCCCCAAACACACCAAAAGCACAUAAUGUGUUGAGUCUAGUGCCUUACUGUGCAAGAGCUGUGUACUUGUUUGCUUUUUGGACCACCACACUGGUCUAUGUGUUUGCAGGAAACACCCUGUUGAUACUGGCCUGUAUAUAUGGUUUCAUGGCAUUUACAAGUAAGUGUGUAGCAUAUCUCACUCCCUGAACUGAACUAGAUACUGUAUUUAGACACUGUCAACAAUCACAUCAGUAGUAGUUGCACAGUAAUUAUGUUUCACAAUGUACAAAGAUCAAAUAAAAAAGGAACACAUUGUUUAGGUUGAAUGAGGCAGGGAAGGGAUGAAUAAAAUGACUUGAAUGUUGGUUAUGAGUCACACAACUUGAGAAAUAAAGGAAAAAUUUCAACAGUU